UACAGUGAAACUGUCAACACCUACACAUUUAUCGACAAGAGGUUCCACUAGUACGUUUGUUAGCACAAUUCAGGCAAUAACGGAACAAAGCACUGUGGCAUCUACCGUUCAAGUGUCCACACUGUCUGAUGAAACUACGAUGUACUCAAGUACAAAAGAAAGGUCUACAUCACCAUCGACAGUGCUAACAACUGUCAGCACAAAAGAAAUUAGUUCGACGACCAGCAGUCCAAACAAUCUUAUGUCUUCGACACUGGCAACCACCACGGUUACAGGCCCAAGUACAGCCGACAUAACCACAACCCAGACAGAAACAACGCUCCGAAACAAGCUUACACCAACUACAGAAAUCUUACCUACGUCAACCCAGCCUGACGACUUCUUACCAACGUCAACUGAGUCAGAAGAUGGCUGCCCAAAGUGCGGACCAAAUUCAUUCUGUUUAACUACUGAAGAGGAUUUUCGAUGUGAGUGCAACCCAGGCUUCGUUUGGAACGGGACUUAUUGUGAAGAAUUCCCAGCUAUAAUUGGAUUGGAACUCGUCCUCGAGGCACUAGAAUGGGAUCCUGAAUUCUUGGUGGUUUCUAGUAACCAGUAUAGAGGCAUUUCCAGUAAAUUGAUAGACAAGAUAUCCGAGUACUUUACUCGCGGUCGGUUGAGGAAGAUUUUCAGCAGCGCUACAGUACUCAACUUUUUCAGCGGCAGUGUCGUUUCUACGGCGCUUCUGAGCUUUAGCAGUCCUUGCGUGGAAAUGGAAGAGGUGGCAAGUUUCUUGACUGAGUCGAUUGCUACCGACGGCAACAACACACUAGGCCUCGUUUUACAGACUACCUACGAGAUUUGCUGCAAUGAUUAUUGUUCCAGUGAAGCAUCUUGCUUCUUGGUCGACUCCGACAGACAAUGCAGAAUCGGUGACACAACUGUAUCGAGCCCCUGUGAAGACUUCUUACCAACGUCAACCGAGCCGGAAGGGUCCGCACUACCUGCUGAAACUACGACGUACUCAAGUACAAAAGAAUCGUCUACAUCGCCAGUGCCAACUACAGAUAUUUUAGCAACGUCAACCAAGGCGGAAGAUGUCUGCCCGAAGUGCGGACCUAAUGCUUUCUGUCUAACUACCGAAGAGGAUCCUCGAUGUGUGUGCAACCCGGGAUACGUUUGGAACGGGACGUUUUGUGAAGAAUUUCGAGCUACAAUUGGAUUGAACCUCACCCUCAAGGCCCUGGAAUGGCGUCCUGAAUACUUAGUAUUUUCGAGCAAUCAGUUCAGAGGAAUUUCCAGCAUACUUAUAGACAAGAUAUCCGAGUACUUCACUCUGAACAGGGGCACGGCGCUCGGCAAGAUAUUCGGCAGUGCUGCGGUGAAAAGCAUUUUCCAAAGCAGUGUAGCCUCCACGGUGCUUCUGAAUUUCAGUACACCCUGCGUCGAAAAGGAAGAGGUGACGCGUUUCUUAACUGAAGUGAUCAGUGCUGACAGUAACAACACACUCGGCAUCGACCUACAAACUGCCUACGAGAUUUGCUCGAGUGAUUACUGUUCCAGUGAAUCAACUUGCCUCGUCGUCGACUCUGACAGAGAAUGCAGAAUUGGUGAUCUCGUUGUACCGAGCCUCUGUGAUGCAUCAGUGACAUCUACGGGAAUGCCGUCCACAGUAUCAACGGUCUUGAAGUCCAGCGCUGCUGUCACUACAAGUCAGCAAUCUAGUGAAAGAAGUACACUAUCGACAACUAGUAGGGCGCCAUCAACCACACUGACCACCGCAGUUCCGACAACAACGCCACUACCAACCGUACAAGCAACCGCGGCUGCCACUACAACUGCACCAACAACAGAAGGGCUGCUCACAUCUACUUUGACAGAAACAACAAGACGAAGCACCAAUGCAGACAAACUGACAACGGUUUCUACGUCUGGUGUUACAAGUCAGACAUCUCAAGGAUCAAGUACUUGGAGGACUGAUGGCAGGACACAAUCCACCCAGAUCACCACGACAAUCUCUCCAUCUACUGUACCUUUCACGACAUCGCAGCCAACCACUGCGGUCAUGAUUACAUCUACGGCAGAAAUUGCUUCAACGUCUCCUUCUAAAACCCCUGGAGAAACGACGGCAGAACAGACAACGAAACAUACAACGUUAUUACAAGCGUCCAGUACAGAAGUUACGACACAAGCAACAAUACUAGCAUCUACAGCUUCCACCACGAUUGGACAAUCAACACAGUCUACAGUUGUUGGACUGACACCAACAGCUACUGCACAGCGCUCAUCACUUGAACCAAUGUCUACUACCUCUCACACUUUAGUAAGUACUGACAUGUCAUCUACACAAGAAGAAACAAGCCCGCGCAAAACUACAACUGCCACGUCAACCACAGUUUCAGGAUCGACUUUGCCAUCAUUGAAAACAACAGAAGAACUGUUAAGCACGUCACAGACACUCCUGGGGAGGUUCUACGCUGCCGAAGCUACAACAACUGCUAAAGCUACAACAACUCCUGAAACUAUAACAACAGCUGCCGAAGUUACAACAACUGCCGAAAUUCCAACAACAACCGGAACAACAUCCGCCAAGCGCACUACAGAACCAGGCAAGGCGACAACGGCCUCCACGCCUGGCCUUUUCUCCACCUCAGGUCAGGUGUCCAGCACAUUAAAAAGCACCAAGCAGACGACAACACAGAUAUUGCCAUCGACAACAUCGGUCAAGACCAUUACGGAACUAGACCAUGCAACAACGGUCUCAACGUCUGGUGCUCCCUCUACCACAAGUACGGUGCUCAGUACAACUGCUCAGUCCACGCCUGGUCUUUUCUCCACGUCAGGUCAGGUGUCCAGCACAUUAAAAAGCACCAAGCAGACAACAACGCAGAUAUUGCCAUCGACAUCUGCCAAGCUCACUACAGAACCAGGCCAGGCGACAACGGCCUCCACGCAUGGUCUUUCCUCCAGCUCAGGCCAGGUGUCCAGCACAUUUAAAAGCACAAAGCAGACAACAACGCAGAUAUUGCCAUCGACAACAUCUGCCAAGCUCACUACAGAACCAGGCCAGACGACAACGGUCUCCACACCUGGUGCUCUCUCUACCAUAAGUACGGUGCUCAGUACAACUGCUCAGUCCACGCAUGGCCUUUUCUCCACCUCAGGUCAAGUGCCCAGCACAUUAAAAAGCACCAAGCAGACAACAACGCAGAUAUUGCCAUCGACAACAUCUGCCAAGCUCACUACAGAACCAGGCCAGACAACAACGGUCCCCACACCUGGUGCUCUCUCUACCAUAAGUACGGUGCUCAGUACAACUGCUCAGUCCACGCAUGGCCUUUUCUCCACUCAGGUGUCCAGCACAUUAAAAAGCACCAAGCAGACAACGACGCAGAUAUUGCCAUCGACAACAUCUGCCAAGCUCACUACAGAACCAGGCCAAGCGACAACGACCUCCACGCAUGGCCUUUUCUCCACCUCAGGUCAGGUGUCCAGCACAGCACAUGACGGAAGCACCCAGCAGGCAACAACGCAGAUAUCGACAUCGACAAAAUUUGUCAAGCUCACGACAGAACCAGGCCAGACGACAACAGCCUCAACGUCUGGCGUUUCCACUACCUCAGGCCAGGUGUCUACCACCUCACAAGAAAAGAGCACCAAGCAGGAAUCAACGACGAGCACGAUAGUAACUACUGAACAACAAUCACAGCCACCGUCCUCCCAAAUGUCAUCCAUUGCGACGACCAGCGGAAUUACAUUUACAACAACGCACGAAACGAGUACCAGGAGACCACCAUCCACAAUAGUGUCGACGGCAAUCUCACCUUCUGCUUCAAGGUCGACGUCGUCGCAAUUUUCAACGCGGGUCUCAAUUGCACUAACUGCCGAAGGGCGUCUGACGUCUACUUCAGCAGAAACAACAGGCCGAUCAUCUGCCCGACGCACCACUGAUGUCGAUGAACCGACAACGAUUUCCACGUCUGGCGUUUCUCCCACUUCAAGUCAGGGGACAAAAACAACAACAACAUCGACAUCUAUGAGGCCUACCACUGGUGCCAAUAAAACGACCACAGUCUCUACACCAGGUCCGAUAUUCAGCACAAUCUCUGCUGCACCUGCGACCUCAAGCACAUCAACAACCGAAACUCCAUCAACAACAACAGAAACUCCAUCAACAACUGCCCAAGCCCCGACAACAUCAGUCGACACUUCAUCAAAAACUGCCCAAGCUGCGUCAACAACAACCGAAGCUCCAACAACAACUGCCGAAGGAUUAAUUACAUCUACAUCCAAAAUGACAACGGUGUCUACGCCCAGUCAGAUAGUCAGCACCUCAAGCAUAUCGACAACUACCGAAGGGCUACUUACUUCUAUGAGAUUCACUACUAGUGCCGAUAAAAUGACACCGGUCUCUACACCCAGUCAAAUAUUUAGUACGACUACUCAGCCUAGCACAUCUCGUAGUAGCAUGGCAACAUCUGCUUCGCCAGUGACCUCAAGCAUAUCAACAACCGAAGCUCCAUCAACAACUGUCCAACUUCCAUCAACAACUGCCGAAGCUCCAUCAACAACUGCCAAAACUUCAUCAACAACAUCCGAAGCUCUAUCAACAACUGUCCAACUUCUAUCAACAUGCCACAGCUCCAUCAACAACUACCGAAACCCCAUCAACAACUGCCAAAACUUCAUCAACAACAUCCGAAGCUCUAUCAACAACUGUCCAACUUCCAUCAACAACUGCCGAACCCCCAUCAACAACUACCGAAACUCCACCAACAACUGCCAAAACCCCAACUCCAUUAACAACUGCCGAUGUAAUUACAUCUACAUUGGCAACAACACCAUCGGCAACAUCUGCGAGACCCACUACUGGUGCAGAUGAAAUGACAACGAAAUCUACCGUUGUCCCAACAACUACAGCAGAAGAGGUCACCACAAAGUUGCCAUCAACUACAACCAUAACACCCCCACGAGAGUCAUCAUCG